AUGUUUCUUGUCGUCUUGUCAUUCCUUGCUUCUGUUUUGUUGUAUGCCUAUUUUAGUCUUGCCCAGUUUCAGAAAAGUAAGAGUUUACCAUUCAAACAACAAAACCGUGUACUUGUGGUGACAGCUCAUCCUGAUGAUGAGUGCAUGUUCUUUGGACCCACCAUCACUACACUUGUAUCCUUGGUCAAAUGUCGAGUUCAUGUGUUGUGUCUAUCAAAUGGCAAUGCUCAAGGAUUAGGUCAAUUGCGUAAAAAAGAGCUUGUGAGAAGUUGUCAAACCCUUGGAGUACAUCCUGGUGAUGUGAAAUGCAUCAAUGAUCCAACUCUACAGGAUAGUAUGGAAGUGACAUGGGAUCCAGUAACCAUUAGCAAUCAUAUACAACAUUAUGUUACCAAGGAAAAGAUUGACACGAUUAUCACAUUUGAUGGCUAUGGAGUAUCAGGACAUACAAACCAUCGAGCAGCCUAUUUGGGAACAAAGAAAUUUACAGACUCCAACUCAUCUAUUCGGUUAUAUACGUUAACAAGUAUUCCAAUUUAUCGAAAAUACAUUGGUAUCAUGGACUUGUGGACACCAAAGAAAGAAGAGCUUAGGUUGAUAUCGCCACCUAUUUCUUAUUUAGUUACACAUAAAGCUAUGCGUCAACAUCAAACUCAAUUGGUCUGGUUUCGGUGGUUAUAUGUUACAUUUUCAAGAUACAUGUUUAUUAAUGGUUUAUAUCAACUCCAAUGA